CUGAGCCCCGCCGCCCGCCAGCCCCGCCGAGGUCCGGACAGGCCGAGAUGACGCCGAGCCCCGCGUUGCUGCUGCUGCUGCCGCCGCUGCUGCUGGGGGCCCUCCCUCUGGCCGCCGCCGCCCGAGGCCCCCCGAGGAUGGCGGACAAGGUGGUCCCACGGCAGGUGGCCCGGCUGGGCCGCACCGUGCGCCUGCAGUGCCCUGUGGAGGGGGACCCGCCGCCACUGACCAUGUGGACCAAGGACGGCCGCACGAUCCACGGUGGCUGGAGUCGCUUCCGUGUGCUGCCCCAGGGGCUGAAGGUGAAGGAGGUGGAGCGGGAGGACGCCGGUGCCUACGUGUGUAAGGCCACCAAUGGCUUUGGCAGCCUCAGUGUCAACUACACCCUCAUUGUGAUGGAUGACACCAGCCCAGGGAGGGAGAGCCCGGGGCGUGACGGCUCCUCCGGGGGCCAGGAGGACCCCGCCAGCAAGCAGUGGGCGCGGCCCCGCUUCACGCAGCCCUCCAAGAUGCGGCGCCGGGUGAUCGCCCGGCCCGUGGGCAGCUCCGUGCGGCUCAAGUGCGUGGCCAGUGGGCACCCACGACCCGACAUCAUGUGGAUGAAGGAUGACCAGGCCCUGACGCGCCCAGAGGCCGGUGAGCACAGGAAGAAGAAGUGGACGCUGAGCCUGAAGAACCUGCGCCCUGAGGACAGCGGCAAGUACACGUGCCGCGUGUCGAACCGCGCGGGCGCCAUCAACGCCACCUACAAGGUGGACGUGAUCCAGCGGACGCGCUCCAAGCCUGUGCUCACGGGCACGCACCCCGUGAACACGACAGUGGACUUCGGGGGCACGACGUCCUUCCAGUGCAAAGUGCGCAGUGACGUGAAGCCGGUGAUCCAGUGGCUGAAGCGUGUGGAGUACGGCGCCGAGGGCCGCUACAACUCCACCAUCGACGUGGGUGGCCAGAAGUUCGUUGUGCUGCCCACCGGCGAUGUGUGGUCGCGGCCCGAUGGCUCCUACCUCAACAAGCUGCUCAUCACCCGUGCCCGCCAGGAUGACGCGGGCAUGUACAUCUGUCUGGGCGCGAACACCAUGGGCUACAGUUUCCGCAGCGCCUUCCUCACUGUGCUGCCAGACCCAAAGCCGCCAGGGCCACCGGUAGCCCCCUCGUCCUCGUCCACCAGCCUGCCGUGGCCAGUGGUCAUUGGCAUCCCAGCCGGCGCUGUCUUCAUCCUGGGCACCGUGCUCCUGUGGCUCUGCCAGGCUAAGAAGAAGCCGUGCGCACCCACACCGGCUCCUCCCGUGCCCGCACAUCGCCCGCCCGCCCCUGCCCGAGACCGCAGUGGGGAUAAGGACCUGUGUGCAGCGGCUGCCCUGGGCACCAGCCCUGGCGUGGGGCUGUGUGAGGAGCUUGGGCCCCUGGUGGCCCCCCAGCACCUGCUGGGCCCGGGCUCGGCUACUGGCCCCAAGCUUUACCCCAAACUCUACACAGAUGUGCACACACACACGCACACGCACUCACACACGCACUCACACGUGGAGGGCAAGAUCCACCAGCACCAGCACAUCCACUACCAGUGCUAGAUGGUGCUGCCUGUCGGGGUGCCGGCCCACCGGAGCUCAGGGCCGCAGGGUGGACACGCGGAGGCCAAAGAGGGCAGGCGGGUGGGGCAGAGGGGCACGGAGGGAGAUGGACAAAGGCGAGAGGCAAGGCCGGCACCCUGGGCGCCCUGUGUGAGGCACACACACACAGACACACAGACACACAGACACACACGCUCAGGCCAAGCACCUCUGGGAAGGUCUGCAUUUGUAACUUUGCAGUGCGCAUGUAGCGAUGGUGGGCUGGUAGAUGAAGGAGCACCACGGCCCCGUGAGGAGGAUCUCGUGGGGGCCACGUCACCCCCCGGCCUGGCAGAUCGGAGAGGCACCCUGGCUUUGCAAACCAAAAACCCCAACCCCUGCGCCACGCCUGCCUGUGUCCCCGUCCAGACCUCGGCAGGCGGGUGGCUAUUUUUGCCACCACCUGUCCUGGGUGCCCAGGAGUCCACCAGUACCCUGGGCUGGGGGGGGUUGGACGUAGCAGUCCCAGGCCCUGUCCUGAGAGGCCGGAGCCCGCCGAAGGGUGACUUCCAACCCCCUCACCCCCGGCCUCCCACUGCCAGAGAGAAGGGGCCCUUGAUAUUUAUAUUUAAGAAAUUAAGAUAAUAAUAUUAAUAAUGAUGAAAGGAGGGCCGGGCUGCAGAGACCUGGCUUCUCCUGGGGCCCAGGACCUACCUGGCCUUGUGGCCAUGCUGGAUGUCCACCUCGGGCUGGGCGCCUGUCACUCCACUGCCUGUGGUGGGCCCAGACCUCUGUAAUUUUAUAGAGUUUGAGCUGAAGCUUCGUAUAUUUAAUUUAUUUUGUUAAACAAGAAAAUGUGCAUCCUUUUCCCCUAA